CAUACAACAUAGGCAAAGAAGGGUUUUCACAUUUGCAUACAACAUACACAAAGAAGGAUGUUGAGAAACGCAUACAACAUAGAAUAAGAACAAAAUUCGUAAGUCAGAAGUGUCAUAUGAUUCAUGGCCCCAGUAUCACGAAAGAACUUAAGACAAAUCUCUGACUCAAUCUCAAAGAAUGAACUCAAAACAGGACUCAUUUUAAGUCGAAACUCAUUUCAGUGUUCACAAAAAAACUCAAUCUCAAACUCAAUCUCAAACUCAAAAAAUCAAGCUUAACAUUUGAGACAGCCUUGUAGCACUCUCAUUUUUUGUCUCAAACUCAAAAAUGGCCGACAACUAUGUAGAUAGAUUCCAGCGUCUGCAGAGAAUCGCUAUGUAUGGUCAACAGCGGGUUCCAAGAGUGUUUAAUUUAAAGACAGGGCCAACCCGUUGGAGAGAUUAUCAAGAGUGGAAGUUCGGGAGAGAUACCGAUUUUAUCAUGAAACAAUCGUAAUGAUAGUGGGUGUUGUUUUUAAUGAACUUGAUGCUGUAACAAGACGAAGCUUGCCACUACCACCUCUGCUCUCUGUGCUUGUAACUCUUCAAUUUUUCGCCACGGGAGCUCACCAUUUAUUAAUUGCCGAGAUUCAUGGAAUUUCCCGUCCAUCUGUGGGGCGUGCCAUAGACAGGGUUACCAACGCAUUAUGCAGGCACAUUAACAGGUUUAUAAGCAUGCCUGUUGAUGAUGCAGAGAUAAGAAUAAAGAAGAAGGAAUUUUACAGCAUUGCGGGAUUCCCGAACGUGUUGGGGUGCAUAGACUGCACACAUGUCCGCAUCAGAGCACCAACACAUAACGAAAGCAGAUUUCGUAAAUCGAAAAGGGUUCCAUUCAGUGAACGUUCAGAUGGUAUGCGAUGCUCGUUUCAUCAUCAUGGAUGUCGUAGCCAAGUGGCCCGGGAGCGUACACGACAGCCGUGUAUUUAGGGAAAGCAGAUUAUGUGCACAGUUGGAGAAUGGAAUGGAUGGAGUGUUGCUAGGAGAUAGUGGCUAUGCAUGUAAGAAGUACUUGAUGACGCCAUACCUGAACCCCCAGACUCAGACACAGGAGAGAUUUAACAGAUCACUCUGUAAAACUAGAGUCAUCAUCGAGCAAACGUUUGGUGUUUUAAAGAGGAGGUUUGCAGUUAUGUCGUACGGGAUAAGGACAUCCGAGAUGAAGGCUUGCAGGACGACAAUGGCGUGUGCCAUAGACAUGAACAUUUAAAUUUGUGUUCAUAUUGUUAUCCUAUUCUCAAUACUAGUAAUUUCCAUAUAUUGCUUUAAUAGAUAAAAUUGUCUUUAAAAUAUCAGAUUAUUAGAUAAUGCAUGUUUAAACUCAUUCUGAAAAAAUAGGGUUUUUAAUAUAAGCAAUUAUAGCCUAUUAACUUUAUGUAUCAGUUAGGUAAAUGCAGAGGACUAAAGUAAUUGGGCAGACGCUUUUCAGUUUUCUAUAUUUUUGUCUGGGAAAGAGCAUAUUUAUGCGUAAAUAUCUGCAAACCAAUGAUAUAAGAUUGCUGACAAAAAUUCAAAUCGUAGAUUUUUAUAUUUCCGUUCGAAAAUUAAUGUUUUAUGGGUUAAACCGUUACUAACGGUUUAGGAAAAAUGCAUAAAACAUCAAUUUUUGAACUUAAAUAUAAUAAAUUAAUCUGCGAUCGUAUUUUUGUCAGCAGUCUUAUAUAACUGCUUUCCAUGGAUUUUUGCAAAAAAAUUGGCUCGUUCGAAAACAAACAAUUAAAAAGUUGUAAAAACCUUCAAUCUGUGAGAGUGCAGCUUUAAUAUUUUCUGAUGCUUUUAAAGUAUUUUAUGUUCACAGUAUAUGCUGUUGUAUUCCUUGAAAUUAGUGCAACUUUUAAGAAUUCAAGAGCAGUAUCCCGGGAUGAUAUAUAAAUUUGUGUCUAAUUUCACUACACACUAUUUUGUGACAACUAAAGUGCAUGCCUGACAUUAUUGUGUUACAUGGUCUACAUUUGUAUAAUGUGAUUUUCAGUACGUGUUUCAUU